AUUGAGAGCGCGUAGUAUAAAAUAGAGUAGACUUAACUGUUACACCAUAUAAUAAUACAAUUAAAGUAUUCUGAAAUCUGAGUUCAGAAAGCUUAUAUAAUGAAAAUAUCAGUGAUAAAGCUAUGAAAUAUAGAUUAAAGAAAGCAUUCGUGUGGAUAAUAUUUGUGCAAACUAUUCUUAUUUUGAUACACAUUAAGUUUUACCAGGGAUUUACUGAUUUAGAUGAUUUCCCAACAAAGACAAAUGUUCAGCUGAUCAAUUCUUCUACACGUGCUUAUACAGGACAACAUUUUACACAUAUUUCAUUAACGGAGUUUCCUAAACGGAAGCCAGUCAAUGAAAUAAUGAAAGGCGAAACUCGCGGCAUACUUCAAGUGAAAGAUGAAACAAAUUUUAACAGGAGCUUAAGUAAAUCAUUCCAACAAACCAUUACAGCAAGACAUAUCAUUACACCGAGAUAUAUUGUGCAAAAGGAUGUCUAUAACAGAAACGUUUCAGAGAAAAGGAAAGCCAAAGUCAAGUUUUCCGUUUUGCGAAAAUGCAACGAUGUACUUUUUCCCGUGCACCUGGAACACGAAGAUAACUGGCAAUCAGUUGAUAAUAUAACAGCGUCUGUCUUUUCAGCAUACCAUGUGGAGAAAACCAGAAAUAUAAUCAUAAUUGGUGCCAAAUCAAAACAGCUACAGUCAUACUUUUGUCUCCUUUGGCAACAAGAAAAUGGGACAUACUACGCAGAACAACUUGAUGCAAAAGUUAAACAGCUUGCGGAAGGCCAUAAUCUGUGGUACUCAGCGGUAUUUUUCGAGUGUCCUUUACCGUCAUAUUGUGAGAUACCGUCCCAUGUUUCAUUGGUGGCCAGUCGUUGUGGAAAACCGGCAAACCUUCUCAGAGUUCACAGUACGGCACGGCCAGAGAGUUACCAACGCCGCUUUACAGUUUGUCUUACGCCAUUGAAUUUACACUAUGGUCGAGCAUAUGAGUUAGUCGAAUGGAUUGAACUCAAUAGAAUCUUAGGAGCCGAGAAGUUUAUCAUUUACAAUCAUUCAACUGCUGGCAAUGUAUUAAGUGUUCUAGAUUACUACUCAAAGAUAAAUAUAGUGGAAGUUGUUCAGUGGCAAUUGCCAAUGAAAGUUUUAACAUAUAAUGGUACUAAACUGCCGGAAAUCCACUACUUUGGUCAAAUAAUUGCACUACAAGACUGUCUAUAUAGGAACAGAGUUGAAUCAGAGUUUAUUGUUAACAUUGAUCUAGACGAGUUCAUCAUUCCUCAUAGUGAAAAUGUCAGCACUUGGAAUGAAAUGUUGAAACAGCUGAAUGAAGAGCCAGGUGCUUAUAUCUUCCGUAACACAUUUUUUAGAAAGGAAUGGGAACACGUUAACUAUACAAACAAGGAAAUUGUUGACAAAUACAGACUUGUAACGCUUCAGAAAUUAAACCAUGAAGAUAAUAUUUUUCCUGUUAAACGAAGAUCAAAAUAUUUUGCGCGGACAUGUGACGUCAUUCAUGUAAUGAUUCAUGACGUUCUUUUCUUACCGAAGAGAAAAAGGGCACAGUCCGUUGCCAUAGAAAUAGGACUUCUCCAUCAUUACAGGGACUGGGAAAAUGAAAUGCCUCUGCCAAAUUUAAAAGUUUUAGAUGAAACCAUUCCACAAAAAUAUGGCGAAAAACUGAUAAUGAAUGUUGCAAACGUUUGGUCAAAACUGGUAAAUGUAAAAAUGGAUAUAUCAGUUCACUGAUGAUAUGGACUAUAUAUUUCAUACCUUAACACAUUUUUGAGAAUAUCACUAUAGAGACAUUUUAUAGCAGCCAUUCACAUGCAAGCAUAUGCAUUUAUAUGUGAAGUAUUUUCACAGACUGAACAAUAUAAGUAUGUUUAUUACUUACACUUAAGCGGUCUAAAAUAUUUACGAGACCGGCCCUACUUCUAUUGUUUACAAUAAUAGUAGAAGCAUGAGAAGUUUGUGCAUAUCAUUAAAAAGCAAUACCUUAUGUAAAUGUGCGCACGUGAGUGACUAGGCAAAUAAGACUGUCAUCUGUUUUUUUAAAAAAAGGUUUGUUUUAAAUAUAAAUUUUCGAUCACUUUAAGAAAUGAAAUAUCUUGAAAUUUGUUCUAAAACCGACUUUGUGGCAAAGACAUGUCCUGGUAUUUAUUUGAACGUUAAAAAGGGCCUACUUAGUAUAAUUUUCAUGAGAUAUCUUCGAAUGGAUAAUGACACAGGACCAUUUAUUUUACAAAAUGAUUAUGACAAAUGAUAAAAUCGCCAGAUCUACAAAUACUACAAACUUACUUCCAGUUGUUCAUUAUUAAUCCAAUGAUGAAAGAUCGUAGCAAUUUUCAGUACAAUUUUCAUGGAUCAUAAAUUUCAAACUUGUAAUUAAGAAAAUGGUUUACUAUUACGGAUAUAUUUUUAAAACGUCUACGGGUUUGUCUGAAUAAAACUGAGCCUCGUUACCGCCUAAACAGUUACCCUCGAGGCCGGAUAUUCCCAUCUGCACCUACAACCAGUGAAAGAAUUUUAAAUUACAAAAUUGCAAUACAUUUUAACCUUUUGGUUCUUUCGUGGCUCACUUCUUAUAAAAGUCAUUACGUCAUUUUUACUGUACUUAGUACCAGUAAAUUUUUCCUGUACUUAGUAUUACGGACUUGAGAAAAAAGCUAGAAAGUACUGUUUAAUUAACAAACAUAAAUACUGCUAUAUUUCCAUUUUUUUUUAUUUCAGAUACAUACAAUGUAUCCACAAUAUUUAUGUGCCCCGUUGGUCAAUAAGAAAUGACAAGUCAUAUCUCUUUGGUAACAAACUCCUGUGAAUAUCCAUUGAAUAUGCUUCGCGUGAAUAUCGCCGCAGGAACCAGGGCUUUACAGUGUCUGUCUCCACUCAACUUCCAAUAUGGCCGUGCUUACAAACUUGCAGAGUGGACUGAAUUCAAUAAAAUCCUAGCAGCUGAAAAGUUUGUAGUGUAUAAUUAUUCAAGCGCUAGCAAUGCAAAGGAAGUAUUUGAAUAUUAUUAAAAAAGUAAUCUGACAGAAGUGAUACAAUGGGCGUCAAUAUUUUGGUCAGACAGCAUGGCUCGGACGGCUGACGUUGACCUCAUGUUGACCCAUGAAGUGCCACGUACUAAUAGAGUGAUAGUUCCAGUAGAAAAAGCUUUUUUUUGCAUCAUUUACGAGACUUUGAGAACCCAAAUGACUAUAAUGAAAAUAUUACUGAUAUAACAGUAUUGAAAAAUCUUUAAUUGAAAACGAAAGAACUUGCACGAUGUAGGGAGACUGCGUUUAAGGAACGUUGCUUUCCCUGUUGAAAAUUCAUCCUUGCUCCACUUCCUCCCAACACCACUCCUUACCUCUCCCCCGUAUAUUUCUGUAUUUUGCAUAUAAUUAAAAUUUUCUUGUUAGAUUUUUGAAGCAAUCUGUCUUCACAGCUUCUUGUUGUUGCGAGCCUACUUUGUGAUGCAUGGCUCUAUGGCUGUGCUUUGGGUGCUCUGUGCUUCCAGGAAAUCUACACUUACCUUUUAUCUUUUGCACAUGUUAAGAUGGACAUGCCAAUAGUUUGACUGUAUUUCAAGAGUUUAUGAAUGAAAAUCGUUGAUAGUUAAUAGGCGUUUGCAAGUUCCUUUUAUUUUAAAAUGAUUUAAAACAUCGUUUUAACAUAAUUGAAAUGAAAAGUUGUGAAUGUAACCAUACAUAUAUCUUUCAUUACUCAACAUUUUUAUACAACCAGAAUCACAACUGCCAUUUCUUCAAUGUACACUUGUUAUAAUUAGAAAUUCAUACACUGUCAGGUUUAUUUCAAAGAGAGAAACGAGUUUCCUAUACGUGCUGUGAUAAACCUCUUUGAUUACAUAUUCUAACAUGACUCCAUUGCUUUGGCAGGUAAACAGAGAAGAAAGUCAAGUAUUGUAUAUUCUGCAAUGGAAAACGGUUUAUAUAUAAAUGAGCCUAACCAUGAGAAAACCAACACAUUGCAUUUUCGACCAGCAUCCGCGCAGUCUGGUCAGGAUCAAUACUGUUCGCUUUCAAACCCUAUUGCAAUUUGAGAAACCGUUAACGAACAGUAUGGAUCCUGACCAGACUGAGCAGAUGCGCAGGCUGGUCUGGACCCAUGCUGGUCGCAAAUGCAUAAUGUUGGUUUUCUCAUGGUGCGGCUCAAAUGAUGUUUCGGAUUAGUAUUACUAGGAAGAAAGAAAUCAACAUAAUUCUAUCAUAACAUUUAAAUGCGCAUUUUAGAACGAAACUAAAUAAGGCACCAUACACCAUGCUAAUUAAAUCUGUAAAAAGGUCCAUUGGAAGCAAAGAAUGCAGCCAAGCAGAAUAAAAGCAGUCUCAGUUUGAUUAAGUCUGUUCAUGAGAGGUAAUGAAAUAUGCAACACCUCUCAUUCUCCCUAGCACCGGUUUAAGUGUAACUCUAUUACACAUUAAUUGAAUGGACUCCAUGAUCCCAAUGGACCAAAAAAUAUAACAACACUGAAGCCUUGGAUAUUUCAUCAACAAAUAUCAGCUAUAAACACUGAUGAAAAUUUCUAAUUAGACCCUUAUUUUUCAAAUAUUUUGCCAGUUUAUGUAUUUUUUUCUUUGCAUAUAACAUUAUUGCUUGUGUGUUUUCAGCGAGAUUCACAUCGUUUGCAGUUAAGAAUCAUUUCUUAUAAAAGUAUCUCUAUUUUCCUUUGUGAUAUAUAUGAAGUAAGUUGUCUAAUCAGAAAUUAUUAAAUCCUAUUAUAACAUUACUUUGGCGUAUAACGCUAGAUUAGAUUUUGAAAUUAACUUUAAAAUUUGUAUAAAAUAAUGUGUUUUCCUUUUAAUCUUAGAAAUGUUAGAAAAACCUUUUUAUGUUUAAUCUAAACCAUUGGAGCUUUCGAUGGAAACGUAAUACAGUAUAUCAGUUAUGUGAAAAAGUCUGAAGGUCGAUUCGGAAAUGUCUACUUAAUUAACUCCUGAAUAAUAGGUUACAUCCGCUGAAUGCGCUAGAAAGGUAUGCAUUUAAUCAGCUUUAGUAUGUUUUCGGGGUUGACGUGCUCUCUUUACAUAACGUGUUAUAUCAUGAACUUUUAAGAAAUGUUAUCAUAAUUUGUACACUAAAAUUUGCUGACUGAAUAUAUCUUAUAUGAUUGACGUAAAAUCUGUAAAGGCCACCUUAACAACAGAAAUAAUGGCAAAUCCAAAGCACCCAACUUUUACUUUUUGUAUUUUAGUGAAAGAGGAGUGUCAUUUGAUUGUAUAGAUGUAAAAUGAUCAAAGAAAACACUGUAUAUAGAUCUAGUUACCAGAGGUAAUGCCAUGCGGAUCCAUCGAAACAAUGUUUAUAUGAGCCGCACCAUGAGAAAACCAACAUAUUGCAUUUGCGACCAGCAUGGAUCCAGACCAGCCUGCGCAGCCUAGGUUUAAAUGCGAACAGUAUGAUAAAAGCACUAUGUUGCUUUUCUGGUGGUGCGGCUCAAAUGCAACUAUAACUUCGUAGCUGAAUUAUCAAAUCCAUGUAAAUUGUAGAAGAUAUUUUUUUUGAAGAUAAAAAUUUUAAAUUGUUGGCAUAAUUUAUGUCAGUAACAUUGAAUAUACCAGAAUACAGUAAAAACUCUGAAAACCGGACCCUUUCUUUACCAAGUCAAAAGCUCUGAUUUCAGAGGAUUCCGAUUUUCAGAGGAUUUCGCACAGAUUUUAUGCGGGAUACAUUGUAUUAAGUAUGUCCAUACUCUGAUUUAUUCUAUUUGCAGAUAUUAUGUUUAAUGCUGUUUUAGUUUUUAGUUUUAGAAUCUGCAUUUUACCUGUGUUAUAUAUUAAAAGUGAAAGUCUAAAUAAAUUGGAAAAGUCUCCUA